AUUUCAAAAUUCUGUCUUUGAAAAACUUUGCAUGCCGAUUUUGGAAGAGUUCCAUGACCACUGUCUGCAGCUCUUCAUCACUAGGUUUCAUCUCCCAUUACGAUUUGUUCCAAAAAAUUAUCUUCAUAUGCCAAAAAUUGGGGAUUUCUUUGUGUGCAUUUGAGUCUCUAGCGCUUGUGUUCAGCCUUUAGCUGUUUAGGCACCCAUUUUGCGCAAACUUUCUGAGAUUUUAGGUCAUCUUGCAAAAUUUUAUGAACUACAGACUUUGAAAUAUCUAUUUCAUCGGCAAUUUUGAAAUUUUUAUUUGGCAAUCGGCAUAGAUGAGGUGUUCAAUGCAUCUCUUCUGCAUGGACAGUCAGAAGUCAACCACUUCGAGGUUUUUCCUUCAAAUCUGUCUCUCCACAGUCCACAGUCAAAUUUCAAGCAUCAGAUUGAUAUUCGUUUAUGGGAUAUCACAUUAUCACCAUAUAAUGUGCAAAUCUUCUCUGAAAGUUCCAUAGGAGAUCGUUUUUUUUGUGCGAUACCUACCCUCAGACUACACUACCUAAGUAUCUACUUCGGCAUAGGCAUGUACACUGGUAUCAGCGGCGACAUACUCACAAUGUGAUAGAAACAGUACUACUAACUGCAUGUAUCAACAGACGGUUUGCAGCAGCUGGAAGUAGAAACCUCAGUCUAACACCAACAGACCAACACCAACCAUGCAAAGUUUCAAGUUGCUAGUAUAGGUACUUUCCUUCCCCGUAAAAAAAAAUUGUGUACCUGACUUUCCAGACACCCCCUGUACUACCUUGACACUAAUGCUGACAUAUUUGCAUUAAGUACAUAUUCAGCUAAACUAAACAGAAAAUUCAAUAACAAGGUCCUAUGUAACCAAUUGGAAAACAAUAGGUAUCUCCACGUUGUAGGACUCCUUGGAAAACUAACAUCAAUUGUAACAAAAAUUUACUUGAGCAUCUAGUUACUAAGUAAUGGAAUUGAAGCUGAAUUAUUAACAUCUAGGUACACUGUUUUGCAUUAUUCAACAAAACUAAAUGCAAAAUUCAAUAACCAGAUCCUAGGCAACCAUCUUUGAAAACAAUAUUUCCACAUCGUAUGACUCGCUCAGUUCUAUCAGUCCUAAUUUCGUUAAUAACAAACUCUGGUCUAGUUCGGUAGUGUCUAACAACAAAAGUAAUUGAAAACUCAUACAAAAUGGAAGUGAUUAGAGAUUUUAAAAAAAUGUUCAAUCAAGCAUUCGGAAAAGAGAAUAUGUUCGGAUUCAAGACAACUCUAGCUAAUCAGAUGUAUUUAUUGUACUGCAUCAUUGGUAACAUAUAUUACACCGAUAAAAUACAUCAAAAAACCAAACGGGUAUGGUUCUGGAUUGUUUACAUAAUAUGUUUACCAAUUGUCGUUUCCAUAUUACUAUGCAUAGUUUAUGGUAGACAAACUGGCGACUUGGUGUUGCUGAUUUACAUAGGAUUUGCAAUCAUGCUCAGUCUAAUAGAAUUAUUUGUGAAGCCUGCAAUCACUGUGUUUUGGUAUGGAAGCAACAUAGAGCAAAUGAUUUCAAUGGCUGAUAAAAUAUUGAUGAAAACAUCACCAAUCAUGCAUACAUCCAACAACUAUUUAGAUGCAAAAAAAAUAAUCAGGAAUAUAUUAAUCGAAUUAGCAAUAACACUUGUAUUAUACACAUCAGUCGCUUUUCUAGAUGUGAUGUUUUUUUAUGAAGAAGAAAAGGUCAAAAAUUACAUGUAUUACAUUGCACCACUUCCAGGACUUGUAGAGUUCGGAUCAUUCAAAUUUUAUAUAAUUUAUCAGCUUACUUUGUGUGGCACAACGUGUGGAGUAUUAAUAAUUUACAUGGUGCACCGAGUUAUUUCCGUACCUUGGGCAGUAAUAUGCCAUAAUGAGGCGCAACGUAUAAUUAACGAGUUGAAUUCGUUAAGUGAAGAUAUUGACAUUAAUAUCGACACUUAUAAAAGUAUUGAACCAAAAUUCAGACACGUGCUCAAAAAAUGCGUACAGGAUAUAAAAAAUCUCAACAGAUUCAUUUCAACCUACAGAGGCUUCUUUGAAAUAAUCGCCAGUCUUGCCCUUCCUAUUUUACUGUACAUUGAAGUUGUCCACGCUUUAAUUGCCGUAUCGCCACAUUUCCCAUUCAUAGUCAGAUUGAGAGAAUUUUUUGUUUUCCUCAUCUCGAUUCAAGAAGUCUACAUAACAUGUUGGAUUGGGGCUACGUUGGAACAAACUGCGACGGACUUAUCUUUCGCUGUAUAUUCUACACCAUGGUAUUGGUUGAAAGGCAUUCGCAAAGACGUUUACAUACUUCUAUGCCAAACACAAGCAUCAAUCAAUCCACGAGCCUUGAAUGUUUAUCCACUCACAUUGGCAACAUUUCUGCGAUUUUGCAACGUUAUCAAUUCUUCAGUGAAUGUUUUUCGAGCAUACACACAAAAAUAGCUAAUUUAAGGAAAUCACUUCGUCCAGUAAUUCUAAACAGGUUAUUUGAAGUUUUUCCUGUGCUAAUUGUUUACAUGUAAAUGUUCAACUGUUUUCAUCGUGUAGGUAUAUUGGGGUUUUCUUGAAAGACAUUGUUUGUACGCAGAGAGGAACUGAUAACUGUAAAAAAUGUGCUUGAGAUAAAUAUGGUAACAGCAGAAGCUCGUCAAGCAAUGGACAUCAAGAAGCAUUGGUCUAGAAUAUUUGGUUUCACCUAUUUGAAAGAAUGCACUCAAAAUAUGUAUAGGUAUUAGGUACAUUAUGCAGCUAUAAAAAAAUUAAUAUGAACUUGCAAUUAGAAUUAUGAGAACACGAAUGACAAUAAAUUCACUAUAUUAUGCAA